GCCUGCACCCCACCUGGAGGGUCUAUUAAUGCUACUAGUGGUCACAUUUCCAGCCCCAAUUUUCCCGACAACUAUGACCCAAGCAGGAUUUGUACCUGGAAUAUCACGGUGCCCGGUGGAAAAAUCAUCAAACUGACAUUCUUGAACUUUACCCUGGUAGCAGGUGAAAACGAUGACUGUGCUGGAGCGGCAGCAGAUAGUGCCCGAGUCUUUAUCACAAACGUUGCCUCUCAUGGAGGAAAUCCUAAUGACUUUAAGAUCUGUGGUCAAAAGCUUCCCCCUCCUGUGUACUCCGAGGGAAACUUCAUUCAAGUGAGAUUUGAAUCUCGCACCGGCCUUCUAAACAAAGGGUUCAAUGCAACCUUUGAGGCAAUAGAUGGAGAUUCACGUAAGAGCUUUUUCUUCAGGGGUACUUUAUGAAGGAAGUAUAGAGGUGUACCGAGCAUAUACAUUAUUGAGCUAAGCAACAACGUUGCUGAGUAUAGCCUGAAAAUAAUGAGGUAGACAAUCUAUGAACAGCUGUAGUCUGUAGAAAGAAAAUUGAAUGUAUUCAAGCCUUUCACUCGGACGCAAGCUGUUUAUAUUUCAUGUCCGUUACAUUGAUUUAUGUUUAAACCCGUCAACAUACGAAAAAGGAGCUGUAGGUAUUAAAAAUCAACCAGUUAACCACAGUGGAGUGUAAAAUUAAGACUAAAAUACGUUUUGAAGCUUGACACAGUCUUUGUUCCUUUUUUCAGUGUGCCCAGCAGAUAUGAUCCUCGAUGAAACAUCAGGUUCUUUCUCCUCUCCCUUUAAUCCAAGAAACUAUCCAUUCAACCAGACAUGUAGCUGGAAUAUUACAGGGAAACAAGGAUACCGUGUUGAGCUCACAAUACCAGACUAUAAUCUUCAACGUUGUGAUGGCGCUGCUUGCUCGUGUGAUUAUAUGGAAGUUCAGAAUAGCUUCAGUGAUAAAGCGCUGCCUGGAAAACUAUGUGGUACACCAAGGUUUCCUCCUGUAAAGUUUUAUUCACUGCACGAAAGCUUGAGGGUGGUGUUUGUGUCCGAUGAUACAAACAUGGAUUAUGACGGAUUUGGGGCAACUUACAAGCUGUUGAACUACAGUCCUCCAAGUAAGUAGAGAAAACAACUUCCUAAGAUCUAAGAGUUCGCUGAGAGAAUGUGUUACAUGCAAUAAACUCACCCACGCAAGUAAUAAUAAGGAGCUUAGUCAAUAAGAGUGGAGGUUCUCUCUGUUAUCAACUCAGGGUGAAUGCGAACAUCUCUGAUGUAUAGUGUAAGCGGUGAUGUACUGGGAAGCCAUGCCAACCUUAAUUGAAUAAAGGUAGUAGGUUUCCAAAGAAACUGUGGUGCUGCGUCGGUCGCGGAGUAUAAGAAGAUAAUUUGGUUUCAUUAACUGAGUUGACAAUUUAAAUUGGUCACUGUAACGAGUUUCAAAUAUUCAUAUUAUUGCCUUGGGGCUUCUCCCUUGUAAAAGCCAUACUGGAAUAUAUCACUGUAAAGGGUAUGGUUUUGAGCCGCUUUGGUUUCUAUAGACUUUGAAUCAACAGUUAGAUGGUAAGCAUUUCGAUUGGUUGUUAUUUAUCAGCUAUUGGAGAACAGAGGCAUAAAUAACCUCACCAUUUACAACAGCUUGCUUCUUCACCGUAUAUGAAACAAUUAGAUUCCACAUUGCCGUGUGUCUGUUGAGAAAGAGAUGCCAGAUGAUAUCAAACUGUGGUCAUCAGUGACACUUGGCUGCGCCUCGUGUGCAACUUCUUUGUUCUUACCGUGUGGAUUUUGACGGCAUCUGUGAAAGAAACCAUAUAUCUAUCACCAAUCCAUAUUCACUCUGGCCUAUUCCAAGAGUUCUAGUUAGUCAAACAGAGCGAAACAGACAGAGGCAAAAUAGUAGUGGCGUAGCAAAAAAGAGAGUGAGGUUUGGGUCUGGUAGGAAAAAGAAGAACUUGAUAACACAACAUGAUCCACCCCUCCCUCGUUUUUUCACUCCUCUGUUACUCUCGUGCAGUUCAAUAUGGCAUUGCGUUUUACCAACUGAACACCCGGAACAGCCUAUGCUUCUUCUCCCACACUCACAUGCUUUUUUUUAUUGUACACAGUUUGUCCCAAGGAAACAAUUCCUCUCUCAGGCAGCGGCAAAAUAAGUAGCACAAACUACCCAAAGAGUAACUACACAGCGUCCAGAAAUUGUACCUGGAUCAUUACCGCGCCAGCUGACAACAUUGUAAACUUUACGUUUACUGACUUUGUCUUAAGUGAAUGUUCAGCCAGUCCUUGUUCAGACUCUUGUUCUUAUGUGGAGCUUUAUGAUGGUGGGUCAACAAGUUCGCCUUCGCUGGGACGAUUUUGCCAGGGGUCGUCUUGGAAUGAGCCUCAGUUGUCGACUGGAAAUCAAAUGUUUGUGAUGUUCCAUCCUGGACAAACAGUUGAUCGUGGAUUUGAGGCGAAAUAUGAAUACACAAGGACC